AUGCCUAAACGAUGCCCUAAAGAACGUACUUGGUAUCAACAAAAUGUCAUGUACAAAGUUUAUGUACCAUCGUAUAAAGAUAGUGAUGGCGACGGAAUUGGCGACUUAAAUGGCAUUUUAUCCAAGUUAGACUACAUUGCUAGUUUAAAUGUCAAAACACUCUGGUUAAGUUCAUUGUAUGAGGCACCGACUACUGGGAUCAAACCCAACGGCAUGGAAUCGAAUUUUACCGCUGUUGAUUCUAAAUUAGGCACAACUGCCGAUUUAUCUGCUUUAAUUCGCGCUGUCCACAAGAAAAAAAUGAAAAUUAUGCUCGACUUUUUACCUACCGCUACCAGCAACAACAACAGUUGGUUUAUUGAAAGUCGAAGCUCUCUUGAUAAUGCCAAAAGUAACUGGUAUGUUUGGGAAAAUCCAUACAAUGGUGGCCCACCACGAGUCAAUUGGAGUUCAACAGAGAAUAACAAUAUCCAUUGGCAAUAUGAUAAUCUCCGCCAACAAUAUUACAUGUACUAUGAUAUCAAGGAACGACCAGAGUUAAAUUUCAAGAGUAGUUCGUUGCGUGCUGAAAUCAAAAGGAUUUUCAGUUAUUAUCUUAAAUUAGGUAUUGAUGCUUUCAAUAUCCAUGGUAUGGAAUGGCAUUUCGGUAGUGGUUCAACUGUCAACGGCAAUGUCAGACCAUCAUUUAGUGUCUUAUCUGAAUGGAAUACUCAAGUUGCUGGCUAUACUGACACCAAGUAUACCUUCUUGGUUGGUCAAGUGCCCAACGAUAUCAAUGCUAUAACCGUUAGCCAAUCUCUACUACCCAACAAUGGCCCAUUAACUGGUACUGGUAUUGCCAAUGUUGUCUCCAAUUGGAUUGCUACUGUUAGCAUGUCUUCACCCAAUCGUUAUCCACAUUGGAUGUUGCGUAACCAAGCUAAAACCCGAGUUGCUGCAAGUUUCGGUCGCCAAUAUAUUGAUGCUUUGAACUUUAUUAUGAUGACUUUACCCGGUGUGCCCAGCAGUUAUUACGGCGAAGAAAUUGGUAUGAUUGAUAGCACUGUUUCUUAUGCACAAACUCGUGACCCAUUAGCUCUACUCUACGGCCCUACCAACUAUGCCACUGUAUCACAAGAUAAAACAAGAGGACCAAUGGCAUGGAAUUCAACCACCAAUGCCGACUUUACUAAUGGUACAUCAACGUGGUUACCACUUGCAAGUGAUUACUCAACUGUUAAUGUCGCUAGUCAAGUUGGCUCGGUCGAUUCUAACCUAGAACGUUAUAAAAAUAUCACAGCCUUUCGAGCUAGCGAAGAUUUACUCAAAACGGGCAACUACAGUCGUGUUAUGGCCACCAAUGAAGUUUUCGCUUUCUUCCGUUACUCCAGUAGUAAAAGCUACGUUGUCAUGACUGUUGCCAAUGUUGGUGCAACUUCACAAAAUGUUGACAUCAAACAGUAUUAUGGUACAUCUGCUACAACCGCUACUGUCAAAGCGGCUACUAGUUAUAUGACCCAAAAAAAUUAA